AGCGGCAGUCGCACUAUACUGCAGAAGCUUACUAGGCUAGCUAGCUAGCUAGCGCUCACACCAACACCAGACCUGCACAAGCGGUGUCAACCAGCAGACAAACCGUACACUGGAAAACGGGAACCCGAUACAGUGAAAGCCGAGAGUGCUUGAGACAGUGCAAGAGACUGUAAGAAAAAUUUGACUUCAUCUCAAACUCUGCCUCUGUAUGGAAAAACCCCACUGGAUUGAAGAAAUCCGAGCCAUACUGGUGGGACACGCUGUUUGGAGCCGGGCGACAUGUUCCACCUGAUCAAAAAGGAUAAGGAGAAGGAUGGGGCCAGGAAGGAGAAGAAGGACAAAAAGGACAAGAAGGAGAGGAUGUCACCAGCGGAGCUGCGGAGCCUGGAGGAGAUGAGCAUGAGGAGGGGCUUCUUCAACCUCCACCGCGGCUCCAAGAGGGACCACAAGGGCAAGCUGGAGAUCUCCAGCCCCAUCCCCAUCAAGGUGGCCAGCAGCACCGAGCUCAGCCUGACGGACAUCGACUCUGACGGGGUGAGCAACCGGGGCAGCAUGGUGCUGGACGUGGGCCAGCUGAGCACGGCCAGCUCCGUUGACGACCUGAAGGGCGACGGGGGCCAGGAGGCCCACCGCACCUCCGUCCGGGAGAGGGCGGCCAAGUUCGGCUCCUUGACCAAGCAGAGCUCUCAGGUGGGCCAGAUCAUGAAGCGCUUCUCUUUCUCCCAGAGGAGCAAGGAGGAGAGCCCCUCUGAGGCCUCCACUCCGUCUGGGCAGAACUCGGCCGCCCCUUCCCCACAGAUCGAGGCCAAGGUCUUUGACCUGCAGCGCAAGCACAGCCAGCAGCAGCAGCAGCAGCAGCAGCAGCAGCAGCAGCAGCAGUUGCUGCAGCCUCCCAGGGCGCCCGCCCCGGUGAAGAGGGUGCAGAUCCCCGAGGUGGUGGACAAAACAUUCGCGGCGGACCUGCGGCUACCCGCCGUGGUGCCCCCGCAGAUGCCCGACCCGCGCGAGCUGGAGCUGCAGAGGCGCAACACGGGUGACUUCGGCUUCUCGCUGCGCCGCACCACCAUGCUGGACCGCGGCGCCGACGGCGCCGUCUACCGCCGCGUGGUCCACUUCGCCGAGCCCGGCGCCGGCACCAAGGACCUGGCGCUGGGGCUGGUGCCGGGCGACCGGCUGGUGGAGAUCAACGGCCGCAACGUGGAGAGCAAGACGCGGGACGAGAUCGUGGAGAUGAUCCGGCAGUCGGGCGACACGGUGCGCCUGAAGGUGCAGCCCAUCCUGGAGCUGAGCGAGCUGAGCCGCUGCUGGCUGCGGAACGGAGAGGGGCUGCGCAGGGAGGCCUUCGACGGACAGGUGGAUGAGGACCCUGUGGCCAUCCUCCAGGCGGCCCACGCGGCCUCCGCCCAGCUCAAGGUGAAGACGGAGGAGCAGAUCGCGGCCGAGCAGGCAUGGUACGGCACGGAGAAGGUGUGGCUGGUCCACAAGGAGGGCUUCUCACUGGCGACGCUGCUAAAGACGGAGGCGGGCAGUCUGCCGGAGGGGAAGGUGAAGAUCAGACUGGAACAUGACGGGACUCUGCUGGAAGUGGACGAGGAGGACGUGGAGAAGGCGAACCCUCCCUCGUUCGACCGCGUGGAGGACCUGGCCUCCCUGCUCUACCUGAACGAGUCCAGCGUCAUGCACUCCCUGCGCCAGCGCUACGGGGGCAACCUCAUUCACACGCAUGCUGGGCCCAACAUGGUGGUCAUCAACCCCCUCAGCGCCCCCUCCAUGUACUCUGAAAAGGUCAUGCACAUGUUCAAGGGCUGUAGGAGAGAGGACACGGCACCGCACAUCUACGCGGUGGCGCAGUCGGCCUACCGCAACCUGCUGACCACGCGCCAGGACCAGUCCAUCGUGCUGCUGGGCAAGAGCGGCAGCGGCAAGACCACCAACUGCCAGCACCUGGUGCAGUACCUGGUGUCCAUCGCCGGCAGCUCCGGAAAGAUCUUCUCCGCGGAGAAGUGGCAGGCGGUCUACACCAUCCUGGAGGCCUUCGGGAACAGCGCCACCCCCAUGAAUGGCAACGCCAGCCGCUUCUCCCAGAUCGUCUCGCUGGACUUCGACCAGGCUGGCCAGGUGGCGUCGGCUUCCAUCCAGACCAUGCUGCUGGAGAAGAUGAGGGUGACCAGACGUCCCGAGGGCGAUGCCACCUUUAACGUAUUCUACUACGUGAUGGCCGGGGCGGACAGCUCACUCAGAACCGAGCUGCACUUCAACCACUUUGCGGAAAGCAGCGCCUUCGGAAUCACGCCGCAGUCCAAGCCUGAAGACAAGCAGAGAGCGGCGCAGCAGUUCACCAAACUGCAGGCGGCCAUGAAAGUCCUGGGGAUCUCGGGGGAGGAACAGAGGGCCUUCUGGCUCAUUCUGGGGGCCAUCUACCACCUAGGGGCCGCGGGGGCCACCAAAGAGGCGGACGAAGCUGGUCGCAAGCAGUUUGCACGUCACGAGUGGGCGCAGAAGGCGGCCUACCUCCUGGGCUGCACCCUGGAGGAGCUCUCGUCCUCCAUCUUCAAACACCAGCCCAAGGGCACCAUGACAAAGGCUGCCGUCUUUCGCCAGGGGUCAGACGACUCGGGCACCGGGGACGGCUCAGGACCCAAGAUCUCAGCCCUGGAGUGCCUGGAGGCCAUGGCGUCGAGCUUGUACUCCGAAGUCUUCACCCUGCUCAUCUCCCUCAUCAAUCGGGCUCUGAAGUCCAGCCAGCACUCCCUGUGCUCCCUGCUGAUUGUGGACACACCGGGCUUCCAGAACCCGCGGCUGGCCAAGCGUGACCGGGGCGCCACCUUCGAGGAACUCUGCCACAACUACGCCCAGGAGCGGCUGCAGACGCUCUUCCACGAGCGUACCUUCGUGCAGGAGCUGGAGCGCUACAAGGAGGAAAACAUAGAGCUUGCGUUAGAUGACAUAGAGCCAAGCUCGUCACUGUCUGUAGCCGCUGUAGACCAAGCGUCAAGCCAAGCCCUGGUGCGUACCGUGGCCAGGACGGACGAGGCGCGGGGCCUGUUGUGGCUCAUGGAGGAGGAGGCCUUGCAGCCGGGGGGGACAGAGGACACGCUGCUCGACCGCCUCUUCAGCUACUACGGCCCAGCCGAAGGAGAGAGCAAAGGCCACACCUUGCUUCUGAAGAGCGAGAGGCCCCAUCACUUCCUCCUGGGGCACAGCCAUGGGACGGACUGGGUGGAGUACGACGUGCGGGGUUGGCUGAACCACGCCAAGCAGAACCCCGCCUCCCUGAACGCCGCCAGUCUGCUCCAGGACUCCCAGAAGAAGAACAUCAGCAGCUUGUUCGCGGGGCGUACGAGCGGGGCCGCCGUGCUGUCGGGCUCCAUCGCGGGCCUGGAGGGCGUGUCCCAGCUUGCCCUGCGCCGGGCCACCAGCAUGAGGAAGACCUUCACCACGGGGGUGGCCGCCGUCAAGAAGAAAUCUCUCUGCAUCCAGAUCAAACUGCAAGUGGACGCCCUGAUCGACACGGUGAGGAGGUCGAGGGUCCACUUCGUGCACUGCCUGCUGCCCAAGGCGGAUGCCCUGAGUGGGGACGCGAGGGCGCCGGGCGGCCCCUCGCCCCGCGCCGGGGAGGGCGAGGUCGUCGGGGAGCACUGCGACUCGGGGCUCAUGCAGCUGGACGUGGCUCUUCUGCGGGCGCAGCUCCGCGGCUCCAAGAUCCUGGACGCCCUGAGGAUCUACAGACAGGGGUACCCUGAUCACAUGGUGUUCUCCGAGUUCCGCCGCCGCUUCGACGUGCUGGCGCCCCACCUGACCAAGAAGCACGGGCGCAACUACAUCGUGACGGACGAGAAGAGAGCUGUGGAGGAGCUGCUGGAGUCCCUGGACCUGGAGAAAAGCAACUAUCACAUGGGCCUGAGCAGGGUGUUCUUCAGGGCUGGUACCUUGGCCAAGCUGGAGGAGCAGAGGGAUGAGCAGACGAGGCGCAACAUCACCCUGUUCCAGGCGGCCUGCAGGGGAUACCUGGCCAGGCAGUCCUUUAAGAAGAGGAAGAUCCAGGACCUGGCCAUCCGCUGUAUCCAGAAGAACAUCAAGAAGAAUCGGGGAGUGAAGGGCUGGCCCUGGUGGAAGCUCUUCACCACGGUCCGCCCGCUAAUCGAGGUGCAGCUCACCGAGGAGCAGAUCCGCGGCAAAGACGAGGAGAUCCAGCAGCUGAAGGCGAAGCUGGAGAAGGUGGAGAAGGAGAGGAACGAGCUGAGGCUCAACAGCGACCGGCUGGAGAGCAGGAUCACAGAGCUGUCGGCGGAGCUGGCGGACGAGAGGAACACGGGCGAGUCGGCCUCCCAGCUGCUGGAGACGGAGACCUCAGAGAGGCUGCGCCUGGAGAAGGACACGAAGGAGCUGCAGGCGAAGUUCGACGCUAUGAAGAAGCAGAUGGAGUCCAUGGAGAUGGAGGUGAUGGAGGCCCGGCUCAUCAGGGCGUCGGAGCUGAACGGCGAGAUGGACGAGGACGAGGACGACUCCGGUGGAGAGUGGCGGCUCAAGUACGAGCGGGCGGUCCGCGAGGCCGACUUCACCAAGAAGAGGGUCCAGCAGGAGUGCGACGACAAGCUGGAGGCGGAGCAGCAGAGCAAGAGGCAGCUGGAGAGGAGGCUGACCGACCUGCAGGCGGACAACGAGGAGGUGCAGCGGCAGGUGCAGCAGCUGAAGAAGAAGUGCCAGAGGCUGACGGCCGAGCUGCAGGACACCAAGCUGCACCUGGAGGGCCAGCAGAGCCGCAACCACGACCUGGAGAAGAAGCAGAGAAAGUUCGACUCGGAGCAGAGCCAGGCCCAGGACGAGGUGCAGAGGGAGAGGACCCUGAGGGAGAAGCUGAGCCGGGAGAGGGACAUGCUGACCGGGGAGGUGUUCAGCCUGCGGCAGCAGCUGGAGGACAAGGACCUGGAGAUGUGCGCGGUCAACCUGAAGGUGGAGCAGCUGGAGGCGGAGCUGCAGGACCUCUCCUCGCAGGAGUCCAAGGACGAGGCCUCGCUGGCCAAGGUCAAGAAGCAGCUGCGCGACCUGGAGGCCAAGGUCAAAGACCAGGAGGAGGAGCUGGACGAGCAGGCGGGCACCAUCCAGAUGCUGGAGCAGGCCAAGCUGCGGUUGGAGAUGGAGAUGGAGCGCCUACGGCAGACCCACUCAAAAGAGAUCGAGAGCAAGGAUGAGGAGGUGGAGGAGAUCCGCCAGUCCUGCAGCAAGAAGCUGAAGCAGAUGGAGGUGCAGCUGGAGGAGGAGUACGAUGACAAGCAGAAGGUGCUUCGCGAGAGAAGAGACCUGGAGGCCAAGCUGCUGGCUGCUCAGGACCAGGUAAGCCAGCGGGACGUGGAGACAGAGAAGAGGCUGAGGAAGGACCUGAAGCGCACCAAGGUCCUGCUGGCCGACGCCCAGAUCAUGCUGGACCACCUGAAGAACAACGCGCCCAGCAAGAGGGAGAUCGCCCAGCUCAAGAACCAGCUGGAGGAGUCAGAGUUCACGUGUGCGGCUGCCGUCAAGUCCCGCAAGGCCAUGGAGGUGGAGAUCGAGGACCUGCACAUCCAGAUGGACGACAUCUCCAAAGCCAAGAUCUCUCUGGAGGAGCAGGUGAGCCGGCUGCAGAGGGAGAAGAACGACUUGCAGUCGCGCCUGGAGGAGGACCAGGAGGACAUGAACGAGCUCAUGAAGAAACACAAGGCGGCCGUCUCCCAGUCGGCCCGAGACCUGGCUCAGAUCAGCGAUCUGCAGGCUCAGCUGGAGGAAGCCCAGAAGGAGAAGCAGGAGAUCCAGGAAAAGCUCCAGUCUCUGCAGAGCCAGCUCGACUUCCAGGAGCAGUCCAUGGUGGAGAAGUCCCUGGUCAGCCGUCAGGAGGCCAAGAUCCGCGAGCUGGAGACCAAGCUGGAGUUCGAGAGGACCCAGGUCAAGCGUCUGGAGAGCGUGGUGACACGGCUGAAGGAGAACCUGGAGAAGCUGACGGAGGAGCGCGACCACCGCAGCGCCGGCGAGAACCGCGAGAAGGAGCAGAACAAGCGCAUGCAGAGGCAGAUCCGGGACAUCAAGGAGGAGAUGGCCGAGCUGGCCAAGAAGGAGGCCGAGGCCAGCCGCAAGAAGCACGAGCUGGAAAUGGACAUUGAGAGCCUAGAGGCAGCCAAUCAGAGCCUGCAGGCGGAUCUCAAGCUGGCGUUCAAGAGGAUCGGCGACCUGCAGGCCGCCAUCGAGGACGAGAUGGAGAGCGACGACAACGAUGACCUCAUCAACAGUUUACAAGACAUGGUGACAAAGUAUCAGAAAAGAAAGAAUAAGACCGGGGACGAUUCAGAGACGGACUCAGAGGUGGAGGACCGCGUGGACGGGGUGAAGUCGUGGCUGUCCAGGAACAAGGGCUCCUCCAGGAACCUGUCAGAAGAUGGCAGCCUGAAGAGCUCCAGGCAAGCUGUAAACGUAGAUGUCAAAGAAGCAAAGGAGGGGAAAGAGGGCAAAGAGUGGAAGGAAAGCACAAAAGAGGGCAAAGAGCUAGAGCAGAGCAGGCCCGUGUCUGUCAUGAGUUCCCUCAGCUACAGGAAACGCUCAAACCUGAAGGACUCCAUAGGGGGCACGGGAGACGAGAGCUCCCUGUUCAGCACGCUGAAGGAGCAGUCUGACUCCCAGGACCGCUCCGCCUUCCGCAAGGCCAAGUCCAAGUCGGCCGACGGCCAGGACGACGCCCUCUCCGUCAGCUCCUGGAAGUCCAAGUCCCAGGCCGGCGACGACCUGGACGACCGGGGCUCGGUCAUCUCCCAGGCCUACUCCGAGGCCACCAGCCGGGCCAGGAGAGGGCUGGACCGCCGCUGGUCCGCCAUCAACCCGGACUUCGACAAGGAGUCCACCGUGUCCUCGGUGGCGCCCAGCCGGGCCUCCACCCGCCGCGGCCUGGGCCUGGGCCUGGGCCUGGACCUGGACGAUGACGCCAUGUCCACCAUCAGCAGCGUGGCGCCGACCAGCCCCCGCAGCCUGCGGCGCAGCGCCUCCUGGCUGGACGACGGGCGCAGCGACUCGUACGGGCCCGCGCUCAGCCCCAGCCUGAGCCGGCGCUCGGGGCUCCGCAGCCCGGGCAGCGUCAGCCAGGCUUCCCUGGCCCGCAGCAGCCGGCUCAGCGAGUUCGGCCUGGAUGACGACGGCCUGAGCGUGGCCUUCAGCGAGGGCCGCUCCUCCGCCUACAGCCCCCACUCCUCGGUGGGCCGCAGCUUCUCCGUGCCCCCCCAGGCCCGCUCCUCCGAGGAGAACGCCGGGGACGCCUCCGACAUCAAGCCCGUCAGCCACCGCAACUACCUGGACCCGGACCUGGAGAAGGCCAUCAACGAGGUGCUGAGCUUCAAGCCGAUCAAGUUCAAGAGGCGGAGCCUGGAGGACUCGGACGAGGGAGAGGAGGAGGAGCGGGGAGGGGCGCGGGACGAGGAGGAUGACAGGAGGAGCGUGCGCAGCGUGAGGAGCUCGCAGGGCGACGGGGGGGAGGAGGCCCGUGCCUCCUCCAGCCUCCGACGCUCGGCCUCCGCGCUGGAAUUCACCCGCCCCGAGAGCAGCAGCAGCGUGCGCAGCGGCCGCUCCCGUGGCGGCAAGAAGAAGAAGGGCCGCAGCUCCGACUCGGAGAGCUCCUCUCCGGACGAGCGCCGCCGGAAGGGCUCCAAGAGGAAGGGCAAGAAGUCCAAGAGGGGCUCCAGGAAGAGGGACGCGGACUCUGAGUCGUCCUCGUCCUCCUCUGAGUCGUCCUCGGAGUCGUCCUCCAGCUCGAGCGCGUCCACCAUCUCGUACCGCAGCUCCGGCAGCGUGAAGAAGGGCCCGGCCCGGCGGCUGUCCGGAUCCGACGACGAGGGCGAGCUGGGGGCCCCGGCUGGCGAGCGACCCCCGAGCAAGAGGGAGGAGAAGAAGAAGAAGAAGAAAGUGGACAACCUGGUGAUGAAGUACCUGUACAGACCCGACAGCGAUUAGAGCUGGCCCCCGCCCACCUACAGGAGACACCUCGGCUUGGAGCGAUCUGACGAAGAGGAGGAGGGCGAUAAGGAUGGGGCC